UAAUGCAGGAUGGAGGACUUGAAGAUGGCUGCUUGUCAAGAAGGAGUGCCUCAGUGGGGGAACAGAGGACCAGAAUGCUGGGUGUUACAACAAUCUUACAUCAAGGGUGCCCUUUUUUGAAGGAGAGAAAAGCUUUCUAUGUGGUGUGUGUGCAGAGUUAUUUAUUUAAUACUUCCAUGCCAAAAUUUAUGCUUGAUUGAAACGUUGUGUACUUCCUGGAGAACAAACAUUAAAGUGCUAAAUGACCUAAUGUUAAAAGAUGUAUGAAAAAACCAUAACAUGGGUUAAAAGAACUUCUCUUUUGUGAAUUAUGCUUCCAUCUCAACAAUUUUAUUUUUUGCGACUUCGUUUGCAGCUGCUUGGAAACGAUGGACAGUGAAACCCCGUCUAAAUAUUUUUACAGCCCUGAAGGAUUACUCCAACAGAUGAGGUCUGUUUCAAAGAAAAGGAUAAUACACAUGAUAGGAAGAAAUACAAACCAGCGGUUUGACAAGAUUGGACCGUGGAAAAUACAUUCAAACUGUUACCAUCCCCAGGCAGAAGCUAGAUGGGGCAAAUCGAGAGGCGUUAGAUAGUUUUCUGGAGUUUCUCGCCCUGAACGUGUAAAGAAAGCACCAUUAAACAUUAAAUCUCCAAUUCCGGUUCUUCCACUCAGCACCAUCUGAAUCUUCCCGUUCCAUCACCUGAAUGAGAAAUAAAUUCUUCAGAACACAGGGAAAGCUGACAGAAUCUGUUGGAGAAAAGUUUUUAAGGUUGAUGAUGUAGAAUGCUAUCUUAUGUUCUACCUGCCCCGAAGAAAUUGAAGGUGAAAGUAACUUGCAUGUUCUUGUGGGCUACAUAUUCAUCAUUGGACCCAUAAGCGUGACUAUAUUGUGAUGCGGCAUGUGGUUGUUAGAGAAAGUUAGCCUAUCAUGGCACCUUGCCAUCUUUCCCCUAUUUAAUUUUUGAAAUUUUAAUAAUAAAAAAUUGAAAAUUUUGAAUCUGUCAAGUGUUACUUCAGCUCUGCGAUUGCGUUCAGGAACAAUGACCAUAUCCACUUUUCUCUUUACACCAUUUACUUCUCUAACCUUCUCUCACAGAACCCUUCAUUCAUGCCCACAAUUGUCCCCAAAGAACCAGCCUUUAUUGUUCAAAUCCAAACCAAAGAGAACACCCAUCACUGCCAAAUCUAAAAGAAACGAUUCUGCAGAUGCACCGGACAGGAUAAUCUCAGCAAUUUGUUAUUUUUACCCUUUCUUCGAUGGCAUACAGUAUGGAAGAUAUGUCAUAGCACAGUUCACUCCCCUUCAAUUGAUGAUUCAACCCUUGUUACCAGCUAUUAGGAUCUUUAGGAGCUUUCCCCUAAAUGGGUUUUUGGUGUUUUUGACUCUGUACUUUGUGAUUGUUAGGAAUCCCAGCUUUAGUAGGUAUGUGAGGUUUAAUACGAUGCAGGCUAUAGUGCUUGAUGUGCUGUUGAUUUUUCCUGAUCUUUUGGAGAGGAGUUUUAAUCCAAGAGAUGGGUUAGGGCUGGAUUUGAUGAUGAGCUUGGAUAGCACUGUGUUUUUGUUCAUUUUGGUGUGCUUGAUUUACGGGUCGUCUUCUUGCUUGUUGGGUCAAAUGCCCAGAUUGCCAAUUGUUGCUGAAGCUGCAGAUAGGCAAGUUCUUUGAGUCUGAGGUCCCACUUUGUUUUUUCUGAAUUGUUCUUGUAGUCGAUUGUAAUUUAUGCUUAAAUUUUAAAAGACUGAGUUACUUAGACCAAAAGGAAGAAAGUUAUAUACUUGUUUUUUUGUUGUAUGUUUUGUCAAAUUGAGAUAAUCUGGAAAGGACUCAUAUCUUUGCUGAAUGAUAUUAAUGUUAGAUAGCAUGAAUUAUCAUAAUCAUAUUUUUAGUAUAUUGGCAAGUGGCAAUACUUUGUGAAACAACAACAAUUAUUGCAGUCAGGUGAUGUUCUUCUGCCGUUAACUAGCUCAUAUUACAGUCAUUCAAGUUUUUCUGUAAUGAAGUACAUUUAUAUUCUACUUAACGAGUAACAAGGAUCAGCAAUAGAUAGUUGCACUGGAUGUAGAGAAGAAGUAAAUACUUUAAUCUUUUGCCAUCUGAUCUUACAUAAACUAGGAAGCUCUCUACAGAACAUUGAGACAGUUGAAUGUACUUAUCUGAUUCUGCAUUGUUUUAAUGUUUUCUCCAUUCCCUUCAAUCUUAGGGGUUUAUCAUCCUUCUUAUUUAGAGUUCAAUGAAUUGGAACCAGAGCCAUUUACUUUGUCCAAGUGGCCUUAUUUUAAGUAGAGGCCUCUUUUCCUGAAGAAUCGCUAAGCAGCAUGAAAAAUGCCCACCUAGAAUGAAUUGGAUUUCAUGCUGUUUGCAGCUGAGUGCUGUCACUGAGACAUAGUAUUGAGAGCUUGGAAGGAUAGAGGUAGUUAUCAUAGACCUGUAGUAGUCUCUAUGCUGAAAUGCAGGGCACCUCCUGAAUUGUGAGUCUCUGUCUUCUGUAUGGUCUUACUGUUCUCUGGAACUUUUUAGUACAUUUAGAAUUCCUUAAUUGCAUUUCAUUGCAGCUCAUUAUCCAUAAAUGUAGGAUUCCUCU